AUGGCUCGUACCACGCUCUCUUUCUAUGCCGUUUGCUUCAUCCUAGCCCUCACGGGCUCUGCUUUGCCUGCCAAGCGCGCCGACCCUUCCUCGUCUGCCAGUGCGGUUGCCCCCAGCGGCAUGACGAAUUUUGCCUACGAUGCUGUGAAGUCCGCCACCCACAUGGCGCAGGACAUCAACAAAGAAUUCUAUGACGAUGAUGAGACUGCGAAGCCCACGCCCAUCGAUAUUCCCCCUGUUCAUCCCACGCCUUCCAGCAGUGGGCCAGCAACAAAGUCUCUAAAGGACGUUUACAAAGAGCAAGCUGCACAGAAAGUGCAUGAUCUCGAGGAGCCCUCACCCUCGCCUACGCCGAAAACCGACACCAAGGCUGAGGAGCCUCAAACGGAGCCUUCAACGGAAGAGCGACAGCAAAGCGAGCCUGCUCCUACUCCUACUCGCACGGAGCAGCAGCCCGCCAGCAGCUCCUCCGUAGCUCCAGCCGCUUCUAGCUCUCCUGUUGAGAAACCCGACCCUAUCGGUGAUCUCCCCAUUAUCGGCAGUCUCCUGAAGGGAGUGCUGUAA